GAACAUGGAAAAUUCAGCUGAAAAAGUGACAAGAGACAGUAGACAGUAUAGCAGGAGUAGUGGUGUACUUCUUGUUGGUGGUGUGGCCACUCUGGAGUCUGGACUGAAUCUCUGAGGAACCAAAUAAACACCAAAAUCCCUUUUGUUUCAGGAUACAGAUAGAUCAAUGAUUCCUUCUUCCUCUUGUCUGUAAAUUCCCCAUCUUCAAUUAUCAACCGAGCCACCCCAACACUUCUGCACUCGCAGAACACCGUCGCCAGUUUAUGCUCUCUUUCUCUCUCUCCAGACAAAGAAAUACGGUAACACAACUGCUAUUUCUGCUUCAGACAAGCCUAGAAUCUGAAGGACUUUGAUCUUUCUUCCUUCUAGUAGGGAAACCAGCAUCAUGUCUACUAAAUCCAAAUCUAGUGGUUUUUCUGAAACAACUCCAAAUAGCAAAGUAUCACCUGCAACCCCAAAGGUUAGUAAACUCAGCAGCAGGGGGGGAGUGACUAAAUCUGCUACUGAUUCACCUUCCCGCCUGCAAAGUACACGCAUUUCACUUAAUCUUUCACCAAGAUCUGUUGCUUCCAAGCCUACAGUCGACCGCAAGCCCACGAAGCUUGGUACCCCUCCUGAUAAGAAACCGACUGCAUCUCCAACUCCAACUCGUAUAUUGAAGCCGUCAGAACUACAGGCUGAACUAAAUAUUGUCCAGGAAGAUCUCAAGAAGGCCAAAGAAAAGCUAGUCUCAUUAGAGAAAGAGAAAUCGCAGGCUCUUGAAGAAUUAAAGGAAGCCAAGAGUUUGGCUGACGAAGCAAAUGAGAAGCUCAGUGAGGCUUUGGUGGCUCAAAGGCGAGCUGAAGAAGAUUCUGAGAUUGAGAAAUUUCGAGCAGUUGAGAUGGAACAGGCUGGCAUUGAGGCAGCUCAGAAGAAGGAAGAGGAAUGGCAGAAAGAGCUUGAAGCUGUGAGGAAUCAACAUGCAUUGGAUGCGUCCGCCCUACUUUCCGCUACUCAGGAGCUUCAGAGGGUAAAGCAAGAGCUUGCCAUGACUUCUGAUGCAAAAAACCAGGCACUCAGCCAUGCUGAUGAUGCAACUAAGAUUGCUGAGAUUCAUGCUGGAAAGGUUGAAAUUCUGUCCGGUGAAGUUGUCCGGUUGAAAUCUUUGCUUGAUUCAAGGAUGGAAAUAGAGGCUGAUGAGAAUGCCAAAUUAGUGGCAGAGUUGAAACUAGAGAUAGAGACUUUGAAGCAAGAACUCAAGAAUGCAAAAAGCUACGAGGAGAUAUUGGCAGAAAAGGAGGCUAGUCUUGAGCAACUUAAUGUUGAGCUGGAGGCUGCAAAAAUGGCAGAGUCUUAUGCGCACUGUUUAAUGGAUGAAUGGAAAAAAAAGGUUGAAGAAUUAGAGCUUCAAACAGAGGAAACAAAGCGGUUGGAAAGAUCAGCAUCAGAAUCUCUCGAAUCAGUAAUGAAACAACUUGAAGGGAGUAAUGAUUUGUUGCAUGAUGCAGAAUCUGAGAUUGCAUCUCUUAAAGAAAAGGUCGGAUUGUUAGAAAUCUCAAAUAGAAGGCAGAAAGCAGAUUAUGAGGAAUCAGAACGUCAUCUUCAGAUGGCCAAGGAAGAAGCUUCUAAUCUGGAAAACAAGGUUGAAUCUCUUACAGCUGAGCUUGAAGCCGUGAAGGAGGAGAAAACUCAGGCCUUAAACAAUGAGAAACUUGCUGCUUCCAGCGUGCAAACCCUAUUGGAAGAGAAAAACAAGCUCAUAAAUGAGUUGGAAAAUUCUAGGGAUGAAGAAGAGAAAAGUAAAAAGGCAAUGGAAAGCUUGGCAUCAGCCUUGCAUGAAGUUUCUUCAGAAGCAAGAGAAGCCAAAGAAAAGUUGCUCUCUGUCCAAGGUGAGCAUGAAAAUUAUGAAACACAAAUAGAAGAUCUGAAGCUUGCUCUGAAAGAAACAAAUGAGAAGUAUAAGACCUUGCUUGAUGAUGCAAAACAAGAAAUCGACGUUCUAACCAAUUUGAAUGAGCAAUCUAAGCAGAAGCAGGAAAACUUGAAGAGUGAGUGGGCGCAGAAGGAACUUCAACUGAUGACCUCUCUCAAGAAAAUUGAAGAAGUUAACUCUUCAAGGGAAAAAGAGAUAAGCAGAUUGGUUAAUUUGCAUAAAGCGGCAGAGGAUGAAGCUGGAGCAAAAAAGGAAGAAGAAAUUCGUUUGACGACUCUGCUUAGGGAAGCAGAGUCUGAGGUCUCUUAUUUAAAGGAAGUUCUUGGAGAAGCUAAGGCAGAAAGCAUGAGCUUGAAAGAAAGUUUAUUGGACAAAGAGAACGAAUUUCAGAAUAUUCUUCAGGAGAAUGAGGAGCUCCGAAAUAGUGAAGCUGCCUGUCAAAUGAAGGUCGCAGAGUUGUCUAAAUUGCUUGAAGAAGCUUUGGCCAAAAAGCAAGCUGAAGAAAAUGGUGAGCUUACAGACAGUGAAAAAGAUUAUGAUAUGCUCCCAAAGGUGGUGGAAUUUUCUGAACAAAAUGGAGGUGGAAGCCAAGAGAAGCCAAAGAUGGAGCUCUCCACUCAGCAAUCUGAGCAUCAUCUUGAGGAACACCUUCCAGAACUAGAAAAACUCUCACAUGAUGAUGCUCUACAGACUGGUGCUGAGAAAGAUGUAUUAAAUGGAAGACCAAAAGAAAAUGAGAAUAAAGAUAAGGAAGACGAUGACUCUGUAGAAGCUGAUUCAAAAAUGUGGGAAAGCUACAAGGUUGGGGAAAAAGACUUCUCUCCAGAGGGGGAUGCUGAGCAGGAAUCUAUUGAGGAGGACUUGGAAUCUAAGGCUGAUGGUAGUGAGGGCAAUGACCAGGCUAAUGGGCUUCCUUCAAAAGAAAACUUUGAUGACAGUGGAAGUUCACCAACUAAGCAGCAAGGUCAGAAGAAGAAGAAAGCUCUGCUCCGCAAGUUUGGCAGCCUACUCAAGAAGAAGGGCACUAGCAACCAGAAAUAGUAUACCUAUGCCCAUGUAACAUCUUUGUAAACAUGAACAUGGUUAUGUCACUUUGUGCGUGUGAUUAUUCUCAUGUAUGCAUACUGAUUGGUUUUGUAACAAGUUUUUACUGUCGAGAUUUUGUUAAUUACAUUUCAUUUCCAACCAA